AUGGCGGAGACAAAUGGGGCCGCAAAUUUGAAUACAAAAAACGGCAAUUUCAUCUGUGGUGUUGUCGAAGGUACGUGGACGGUUUGUUGUCGUACAGUGUAAAACAUAUACAUACGUAUUUGGUCAUCGUUCGCGAUGACUUUACGUGGGAGGGAGGAAUGUGCUGUUCGUCAUAGUGGCAUAGUCUAUUUGCAUAAAACAUAUUAUUUUUGAUAUUUCAGGAUUUUAUGGACGACCUUGGACCACAGAACAAAGAAAGGAUUUAUUUCAAAAGCAAGUGUUUUACAUUGAUUUUUGUUCAUUUUCAAUUUUCUUGCGCAAAAGAUACAGUCUUCAUUCGUCUCUGUUUAAAUUUACAGAUUAAAGAAAUGGGGAAUGGAUUCGUAUUUGUAUGCUCCGAAAGAUGAUUACAAACACAGAGCAUACUGGAGAGACUUGUACACGGUGGAAGAGGCGGAACAUUUAACAGGACUUAUAACAGCAGCAAGAGAAUGCGGUAUUACGUUUUAUUAUGCGUUAUCACCAGGAUUGGAUAUCACAUAUUCGAGUACUAAGGAAGUUAGUGUACUGAAAAGAAAGUUGGAACAAGUUAGCCAAUUUGGUUGCACUGCAUUUGCAUUAUUGUUUGACGAUAUAGAACCAGAAAUGAGUGAAGCAGAUAAAGAAGUAUUUCAAUCUUUUGCUCAUGCACAAGUUUCUGUCACAAAUGAUAUUUUCCAACAUCUUGGUCAACCCAGAUUUUUACUGUGUCCAACACAAUAUUGUGCAACCCGGGCAAUGCCAAAUGUGGCAUCGUCAGAAUAUCUUAACACACUUGGCAGUAAAUUGGCCCAAGAAAUUGAUAUAAUGUGGACUGGUCCUAAAGUAAUAUCCAGACUUCUCACUGUUGAAUCCAUUGAAGAGAUUACAGAAGUCCUGAGAAGGCCGCCAGUUAUAUGGGACAAUUUACAUGCUAAUGAUUAUGAUCAAAAGCGUGUAUUCUUAGGUCCAUAUUCUGGUAGAUCUCCCGAUCUGAUUCCCAAACUCAGAGGUGUUUUAACUAACCCUAAUUGUGAAUACGGAGCAAAUUUUAUAGCAAUUCAUACAUUGGCUCAGUGGAGUAGGUGUAACAUUGAUGGAAAAAGAGAUUUAAGUUUAAAUGAUACAGUAUCAGCUGACAUAAAGUUAGAGACUGAAACGGAAGAUGGCGUGCUUGGUGAAGAUGUUCCUUCAACAAUGUCUCCAAACAUAUACCAUCCUCGGCAUGCUUUAAAAAAUGCCAUUAGCGAUUGGUUAGUGGAAUUUAACAAAAAACGAUCCGCAUGGGGUGUUAUAGCAAAACCACAACCAUGUGUUGCUCCAACUGUACCGAUUCCAAUAAUUCCUUCUGUAAAUACAUGUAUGAGUCUCACAUCGACGACGACUACUACUACAGUUCCUGCACCACCACCUACGCCAGUAAAUAAUUCCAACCAUCUUCAAGCAUUAGCUGAAGUUUGCUCAAGCGUGACGACUACUGAUAGUUAUGUACAACCUUCUGCUGGUCCUGUCAUGAAUUCUUUGGUAUCUGAGACAACUGUUGUUAGUGAACCUAUUAUUGCAUCAAUUUCUAGUAGCGUGCAAAAUGUACCAAGUUCAAAUACUUUGUCAUCCAUGGAACCAAUGGAUUGUAACACAACACCUAAUAAUUCCCCAGCACAUGCAGUCAAGAUUCAAACAGAGGAUGAUGCUAUGGUAGAAAAUACUUCUACAUGUAGUGAAGCCUCUGGCAGUAUGCAAGUUGAAAUGGAUGGCACCUCCCCUGUUGUAAAUGGUACUCAAAUGAUCGUUGAAAACGACAGUGAGAAUCAUGAUAGUGGCGAUAAUGCGGAUCAAGAAUCUUCAGAAUCGAUAGAUGUCGACAAACGAUUGACGCAAGAAGACUUGUCGCUGUUAUGCGAUCUCUUUUAUUUGCCAUUUGAACAUGGCGGUCAAGGCAUUCAACUACUGCAAGAGUUUAACUGGUUGAAAAGUAAUGCUCACGUCGUCAUGAGAAAAUUAAAAGAGGAUGAAGCUGCAUCUGAAUCUGAUAUCGAAGAAUGGCACACACGGGCGGCUAAGCUAAACGAAAUGUGCAAUGCCGUAAAUAGAUUAUUUCAGAGACUUACAUACUGUAAUAAUCGUGAGUUGCUAUAUGAUCUGUAUUCGUAUGUGUGGGACAUGCGAGGAGUUGUAUCUCUCUUAAACAGUUACGUAAAAUGGUUGGACUGUGUACUGUGUCUUGGGAUAGGGUUCUCAAAUGGUUGGAAAGAAACUUUCAUGAGCGGAGAACAAGAGCCAUGGGUAUUCCGUGGGGGACUUACGGCUGAUCUACAGAGAUUAAUUCCAGUGGAUAGUGGUAAUGACUUAUUCGUUUACAAAGCACCAGAAGUGCCCAGUAGUAAAAUUUAUACAAUUAGGCCUUAUUUAGCAAGUGAUGAAGAUGCAGUUUAUGAUGUGUGCAAUAAAAUAUGUGGCUGUGUAGGAUCAUCUGCAGUUGCAGAUCGAUUGGUUGGGGGUUUCCUCACUUUAAGUCCAGAAUUAUGUAUGGUUGUUGAAGAUGAGAGUGGGAUAGUAGGUUAUGCACUGGCUGCCUUAAAUGUAAAGUCUUAUUAUCAGAAAUUAGCUAUUUCUUGGAUUCCUGAGUUACGAAUGAAAUACCCAUUGGAAAACAAUAUUAAUGAAUUGCCACAAAAUGUUCAGGAUGCCAUACGAUAUUUCCAUUCGUUCGUUGUGGAUGUACCUGAACAAUUGUGCAGACAACAUCCGUCAAAGCUGAUGUGUGCUGUGUUACCAAGUGUUACAGACCAAUCUGUCCCUAAAAGAUUAAUUACGUGUAUUCUUGCUGCUUUAAGAGCUAACGGUUCGUUUGGUGUACAUACUACGAUGUCAAGUACAGACAAACAAUCACACGAAUUUUAUAGUAAACUAGGCUUUGUUGACCUAAAUCCAGCUCACGAGGAACACCCUGGAAUCAAGACUAUGUGUAGAAGUUUCUAACAAAGAGUGAGUACACCAGUGAUAUUUGUGAAUAAAGUGUACUUACUCGGACUACCUGCGAAAAAGGCCUCUACGGUUUAGAAAUGAAAUUUCAAAUGACAUGGGACUCUGUUUAUUUCAAAAACGGCCCGGCGUAACCUACUUUCCUUAUUGUGUGUUUUUGUGCAGCAGGUAGAAAAUCGAAUCGUCAUAAAUACCUUCUUUGGAAUAGAGAAAUUUUUACCAUUCUUUUUCAAAAUUAUAUCAUUUUCAAUGUCUCGUAUUUCCUUUCUAAAAAACUGUUCUAUAAGAUGUCCAUCUUCUGAAAUUAUAAACAGAAAGAAGAAGAGAAGGAAGAAAAAAACCUAACUGUGUUUAACAAUAUAUUCGAUAUAUGAUGUACAUACGUAUACGUAACAAUAAGUUGCAGCAAUGUUGAAUGUGUAGAAUUCGAAAGAAAACAUAAAACGUGCAAUAGUAAUAUUUAAACAGAGCAACAGUGGAACGCGAUACAGGAGAAAAGAGAUUAUUUGUUAAUUUUCUGAAUAUUUGUGUUUGUGAAUACAACUCUAUGGGAUUUUAGUAUAACCGGUAUGCUUGUAUAUUAGUAGGAAAUUUUCUUAAGGCUCAAAGGAUGUAUAUAUCGUGUUGAAUGACGUACGGUGAGAAAAAGAUAAUGCAUAAGUAUGUGUGUUCAAUCGAUAAAUUAAUCGAAGCUUUUUAUCCCGUCGAAAGAUAUUUUCUUAUAGUCACACGAACGGCGAAGAAGAUCAUGAAACACAAGAACAAAACAAACUUCGUUCGUUCAGCUCGUUUUUGCUGAAUUGCUAUAAAAAUGGAAAGAAUCGAUCACACAAGGUCUAGUUUUAACGUCGGCUUCGCGUUUCUAAGAAAAUCACCUAAUCUAUAGAUACUGUACUGCCCGAUAACAAAAUGUUCACAGUGUGUACAUAAUCGAUAUUUAACAUGCCUAUUGUAAGGCCUUUUUAUGUUUAACGUAUCGUCCUAAUUAAUGCUAUUCUUAAUUAUGCAAAAGUGAAUAUUAUUAACGAUUCCUAAUUGGCUCUACGAUCGCAUUACGACGUAGUACGCAUGUGUAUAUUGCCACAGAAUGUGAUAUACAUAUAUAGAAUUGUUUAGAAAAUACUGAUUACUUUAUUAACACCCAACAGUUAGCUGAUUUGAUUUUAACGUGUCAAGACGUUAAGUAACAUGUAUGUUCUAUUUUAUACGAUCGUUUAUUUUUAUAAGUUUCGUCCAGGAAAAAGCAGAUAAAGUGUAUGUAACGCUAAUAAUUAAACCUUUGCGGUCGAAUGUCACCACAAAGGCAUCUCGAAAAAGUCUAGCGAAAAGUACAGUUGAAAGUCGGCUUUAGAAACAGAAAAAGAUUAAGAGAAUUUGCUUUGUAUGCCAUACAAAGCAAAUAAUCUCCUUCCCGAACACCUGUGGCUAACGAUAAGUGCACCUAUUAGGCCGGUCAGUCCCAUAAAGUAAUAUUCGUAAUUACUUUAUGGGCUUAAAGGUACUGUCCAAAGACCUCCCAUUACUUUUAUGUGUUUAUUUGCCCUGGUCGUAGACCAAAGGCUAGCGAGACACGUCCCCUACAAACCGUUACAUUGCUAAUUAGGUACUAACAAGAUAGUUUGUAUCUCGUUAUAUAUGUCAAUGUAUCAAAUGUACAGAGCCAAGAUAGAAAGUAAUGAAUAAAGUAUACACACACAUACACACGGACAAACGAAAGGAAAAUUCAAAUAAAUAUGAAGAUUUUUAGAUUUGCCUUAUACAUAUAAUUAGUAUUGAUCGUAGUACUAUCGCAAAACUGUUAUACCACGAACUAAGAUGUAAUUUUUCGACUCUAAGCGAAAUAAGGAUCGGUACUAGAAUUUGAGAUGCGGUGCCAUGUGUAAAAAAAAGGGAGGGGGGGAAGAGUUCGAUCGUUGUGAAAAUCGUUCACGUAAUUUAUAAAAUCUAUUUUAAUUCGGAUCAUCACUUUGUAGAAUUUUUAUAUAUAUUCGUCACGUGUUUUCGCGACGAUCGGAUAGUAGAAGCUAAUAUUACAAAAGAUGUUUUGUUGGCGGGAAGGCUGGAAAGCAAAAAUUUUCGUCAUAUUUUAUCAUACUUUUUCCCUUCUUUUAUCCUCUGCAUAGAACUGUAUUGAUAUUGAUUGCGCCUGUAUUACUUUUAUCAUACUAAAGUACAUUAAUACACACGUUUACUCUAUUUAAUAUGAAUUUAUUCUCUAUUUAAUGCGAAUAAUUUUUCACAGUAUAACUUUUUUAUAGCGAAUAAUAUUUUUAAUACGUGUUUUCUCUUUUCGAUGCUUUUUAAACGAUGAAAAGAAAAAAAACCAUGUGCGUACAAUA